UUUUCUUCAUCAGUUGUUCACUCCGCAGCCUCCUGCCUGAAGACGAAAUAUAUCAGAAGCAUUCUCCUUUGAUCGGUUUUCCUUUCAUAGUUUUCUGUUUUGUUUAGUUGUCUACUUGGAAGAAGAAGAAGGUUGAGUAAGAUGGUGAAGGACAAAUUAAAGAAACAUGUUCUAACUGCUUUCACUCCUAAUGAGGAUUCUGUGGCUAUUCUGUCUGCCAACGAGGUGGCCAAGAUUUGGAACACAAACACUGGACAUUUGUUAGCAGAGUGGAAGCCAUCAAAGGGAGAUCAUGAUAUUCAUUAUUCUUGUAUUGCAUGUAGUUUCAUUGGGGAAAAGCAUAGAAAAGAACAGGGAACAUGCUUAUUAGCUCUCAGCACAAUCGAUGGAAGCGUUAUAGCUGUUGAUGUUUCCACUGGUGAGCGAAAGUUGACUACCAGCCAUCCUGGGGGGAUUUGUGGACUCUCAUUUGCAAACAAAGGACGUCUUCUUCGCAUUGUUGGACAUAAUGGAGUGGCGUACGAGGUUAAUACUGAAACAGGAGAGGUUUUAAAGGAAUUUAAAAUCUCAAAAAAGUCUAUUACUUCUCUGGCUUUCUCAAAUGAUGAAAAAUAUUUAGCUAUUGUCAGCUCUAGACUGCGGAUUAUAAGCUGGGAAAUUGGGAAGGAGAUUCUGAAGUUCCCUAAUGAUUUGCAGGGAAAUGUACAGCUCAUUUCUAUAUCGAGUGAUGCCAAAAAUUUAGUUACAUCAGAUUUUGAGGGUAAACAUCUUCAAGUUUGGAAGUGUGAUUUAAAUUCAGGAAAUGUGGGUAGAGGUCCUACACUUCCCAUAAGGCAUCCUCCAUUAAUUUUAGACUGCCACAGUGGUUGCAAUAAAGAAGAUGUAGUUGUUUUGGCAGUUACUGGUAGAGGUUCUGCCUAUACAUGGAAUUUGAAUGCUUCCUCCGAAGAUCAGAUACAGCCAACUAAAUUGACCACGAAGACCAAAAUAGUUGAAACGGAGAAGGAAAAUGGUGUAAGUUCAAAGAAAAGGCAUGCUUCGAUUAUUGCAUCCAGAUUACAACCUGUAGAGGAAGAUAAACAGAUUAAAGCUCUUGUGACUUAUGGAUCUGUAGAUCAUCCACAGUUUAGUGUCUUAAAUAUUAGCAAUUCAGGCGAGAAUAUAGUAUUAUAUGUUGGAGAUGAGACUGAUUCUGUUCAGCAGCAUGACAGUCCUUCUGGCAAAGCAAUACCAAUGGAAAGCAAGAAAGCUAAGAAAAGACAAGCAACAUCUGAUCCUGAUCCACCAACCUCAACUGACGAGGUGGAUUUAGUAUUUAAUGUAGAUCAACAUGAGGCUGCAGAAGGAGUCCUUCUUGAUGACGAUUUGAAUGAGCCAACAAUGGGAGAGAAACUUGCUAGUCUAAGUUUACUGGAUGAGAACAAAUCAAGGAGUGAAAUAGAGCAAGAAUCUUCUGUCCCAGCAAAGCCUCCAAGUGCAGACUCUGUACAUGUUUUGCUUAAGCAAGCAUUAAAUGCUGAUGAUCGCACCCUUCUGCUAGAUUGCUUGUAUACACAAGAUGAGAAGGUUAUUAGAAAGUCAAUUGCACAGUUGAACACAUCCAACGUCCUCAAACUUCUAUACUCUCUCAUAUCUAUUAUUGAAUCUAGGGGUUCAAUUUUGGCAUGUGCUCUUCCAUGGUUGAAGUGUCUACUUCUACAGCAUGCGAGCGGAAUAAUGUCCCAGGAAUCUUCAUUAAAAGCUUUGAACUCUUUGUAUCAACUGAUUGAGUCUAGAGUCUCCACUUUUAAAUCUGCCAUCCAACUCUCAAGUUGUUUAGACACGCUUCACAUAGGGGCUAUUGACGAGGAGGAAGAUGAAGGUGAAAUGGUGCCAGUUAUCUAUGAGGAUAAGGAUAGUAGUGAUGAAGAAUCUGAUGAUACCAUGGAAACUGACCCAGAUGAACAACCAGAAGAACAAUUUCAUGCUGCCAGAUACAUUGAUGCAAGUGAUGAUGAUAUGUCAGAUUGAUAAGGUCUAUUUGUUCUUUUCAAAAUGUCAUAACGCGAUUGGCAAUGAUGCAUGUGGUUGAGUUGGCAGUGUCUUUAAUGUAUUCGUUACAAUAUCUUGGAAGCUCCAUAUUGAUAUAACUAGCACUUUCACAGUUUUGAAGUUUUGAUACUAUAUUGUACUACAAAACACUCAAGUAUUACGAUGUGUUUAGUCUUUCACUUAUUGACUACCACUUUGUGCAUGUUUCGACCGAUCAUAAAGACAAUGAUUUUUCAGCGUGUUUGGGUUA